AUGGAGAGGGAAGACAAGCAGCUGAGCCAGUGGCAGGCUGGGCACCAGUCUCCUCUGGAGACUGAGAAUUUGCCAAUGCUGGAUAUGCCUCUGUCUUCCAGAAACCCUGGAGUGCAUCAGCCACUGAGCAUUCGACAUUUUCCAGCGAUACUGAGGUCCCAUCUGGGAUCUGCUGAGGCAUCCAGGCAGAAUGUGGGUGAAGGGGAGUCACAGUUCAUCAUUAUGUCACUACCUGAGCACAGUGUGAGCUAUUCCUCCCAAGUGACUCCCACCCCUUCCCAGACUUACUGUCAGAGAGCCUCAUCCCCUCAGCCAGGGAGUAUGAUUGGCAGUGGGUCCCACAUGGUACCCUUAGGAAGACCAGGUACCUUAGGAGUGGCCAUGACCUUCAGUGAGAAUCUGAUCCCCUGCAGCCGCCUCCCAGCUUCCACUGGUAUCUCAAUGUCUCACAGCAGUGCCCCAACAAUGCCUGAUUCUGGCCCCACAACAGUACCUUCUACCACAGCCUCUUUAACACAGGAAAUGUUAUUGGUACCAUGUAUGUCUUCCACUGAGGCCCAGGCUAUCCUCCCCUCUAUGGAUCAGAUGCUGCACUCUAGAAAUCCUUAUGGCCCUGAGGUGCCCCCAGCUGGGCUUCAGCCACUGAUGGCUUUAGAAUCCCAGGACUCACUGUUGAACCAGUCAGACUGCCAGGAAGACCCCUUCUUAUGUGAGCAGCCUGCACCAGCUCCACAGAGUGUAGAGAAUUCAGGGGCUCCAGGAGGGGCACCCAGAAGGGAAUCCCCAGUUUUGAGGCCUUUCUCCUGCCUGUACAACAACUGUGGAAAAGCUUAUACCAAGCGCUCCCACCUCGUGAGUCACCAACGCAAGCACACAGGCGAGAAGCCCUACAAAUGCAGCUGGGAAGGCUGUACCUGGUCUUUCUUCCGCUCUGAUGAGCUUGGACGACAUAUGCGGAUCCACACCAAAUAUAGACCACAUAGAUGUGACAAGUGUGGCCGACAGUUCAUGAGAUCUGACCAUCUCAGGCAGCACCAGAGGACUCAUCAGCGGAUGCCAGAAUCCCUACAGCCUCAGGCCAACACUGGACAGGCAGAUGGUCCUCUUGCUUCUGACCAGGAGCUUUAG